AUGGAUGCUCUGACAUUAAAGACUGAGAUGGUGAAAGUCUUAAUGGUUGAGUUAGAGAAUGUUGAGAAACAAGUCAGUGACCUGUUAUCUGAAAAAGCUAUUAUGAAAAGUUGUAUAGAAGAUGUGAAUGUGCUGCUUUCAGAUAUCAAUGAGACUCGUGACUCGGUGAUCAUAAUAACAGUUAAAAAGCAUCUCUUAGAAAAACUCAGGCCAGUGUUUGCAAUGGUCAAUCGACUGGAAGGUGUUCUGGAAUCAUGCUUUAUUCCGAAAACUGAUGGUGAAGAAGUCAAACAAUAUAAGUAG